AUGCUGCCGGAGGCCGCGUGCCGCCUGGCCGGCGCCGCCUAUUACCUGGCCACUUACAGCGCCGUCACCUUCAUGGCGCUCAUCAGCGUGGAUCGGCUCAGCGCGGUGCAUCGGGCGCUGCCGUUGGCGGGGCGCCGUGGGGCGGCGUUGGCGUGCGGUGCGGCGUGGCUGCUGGGUCUGGGCUGUGCUGCACCCGCCCUCAGCACCCGGCAAACCUCACCGGCGCGUGCCGGAGCCACCGCCUGCUUCGAGCAGCACGCGCGGCAGCGGGCCUAUGCCUAUGCCAUGGUGGCUUUCUUUGCCGUCGCCUUCGUGGUGGUGCUGGGCGCUUACGCCUCCAUCGCCCGCUCGCUGUCCGACACCGCCGUCCCCUCCCCGGGGUCGCACCGGCAGCAGGCCCGCGCCAUGGUGCUGGGGAUGCUGCUGGUGUUUGCGGUGUGCGUGGCUCCUUAUCACCUGAUGCUGGCUCCCUGGGUGGGCAGUCGGCCCCCGACGCCGCCCUGUGGGCCCCCGGCCGCCCUGGAUGUGCUGCACGUGCUGAGUGUGGCUCUGCUCAGCCUCAACAGCUGCCUUGACCCCCUCGUCUACUGCUUCUGCAUCCGACGCUUCCGUGCUGACCUGGGAAGGACGCUGCGUGCAGCUGCUCAUUGCCUCCCGCUGUCCCCAUCUGCCCCCCACGGCUCGGCUCCUGGUGGCCGUGCCAUCUCCUUCACCUCCACAUAG